CGGAAAUCGGCGAAUUGGGGACCUUUCUCAUCUCCGGCCUCGCGACAAUCCAAAAAAAUUGGUGGAGCUCUUAUCAAUCAAUCAUGACGACCAUACUCAUCACUUCCUCCCGCCUCGACACCAACUAAGUGCCCUGACACGACCGCGAAAUAAGCAGCGCGAAACCAGAACCACACGGUGUCCCGAAGAAACGAUUAUUGAUGCGCAUACGACCUACGUUGUGCGACUGAGGAGGACAGCAUACAGGGACACACACUCAGCAUCUCGGCGCCACCAUGGCCGCCGCCGGUGCGCAGGCAGUCAACAUCAAGGCCAACGAUGAUGCCUCCGGUGGCGCAGUGCCACCAACGGGCCCAGAUACGUUCGAGGUCACCACGGGACAGAAGAUGCUCUCUGCCAUCACUGGUAGUCUGCUGACGUCUCUUCUAAUGACACCUCUCGAUGUCGUCCGCGUACGAUUGCAAUCGCAGAACCCUCGCCCGAGCCCCUCACCGAACCUCGACUUUACCCGCCUCACCAUGUCGACGACGAGCCUCACACCAGCGCAAGCAUCAGAACUCGGCGUCACAGCAUGCUGCCGCGAGGUCUUCUUCAUGGGCAACAAUGCCGAAUAUUGCCUGGCGUCCACCCCCAAAAUAGGCGUCGCGACCACGACCACGUCAAUAACGCCGCCUGUGGACUGCGCCGUGCAGGAAACACAGCGCAAGACAUACAGCUCAACGCUCGAUGGGCUACGGAAGAUUGCGCGGAAUGAGGGCGUCACGACCCUGUGGCGAGGUCUCUCCCCCACAUUGGUGAUGGCGGUGCCUGGCAACAUUAUCUACUUUACUGGGUACGAGUGGCUGCGAUACAACCACAAGUCGCCCUUCUCCAAGAUGUCGGACGACUAUGCACCCUUGACUGGCGGAUCCGUCGCGCGCAUCAUGGCCGCGACAGCGGUUGGGCCGAUUGAGCUGGUGCGCACGCGGAUGCAGGCCGCCAACUCAUCUUCCACAGGCAACCACAUGGUGGAGACCUUCAAAGGUAUACGAGAGAUGGUCGGUCAGCAAGGAUACACGUCCUUGUGGAGAGGCUUGACGUUGACUCUGUGGAGAGACGUCCCCUUCUCAGGACUGUACUGGUGGGGAUACGAAGCGAUCCGGUCACGGCUAUCGGACAUUCGAGAGCAGAGGAAGGGCAAGCCGGUCGAUAGGAACGCCUCGCACGCCGAUCGCCGAACACAGAUUCCGGAAAACCACACGGAAACAUUCCUCGACAGCUUCGCGUCGGGUGCUCUUUCGGGUGCCUUUGCCUCCAUCGUCACCACACCCUUUGACGUGGGCAAGACCAGGACCCAGGUGUACCGGGACGCGGAAGGGCCGCAACGCCACAUGGCGCGGCUGCUGUGGGAGAUCUUCAAGACAGAGGGAGUCCAGGGCCUGUGGAGAGGAUGGAUCCCUCGCACGCUCAAGGUGGCACCUAGUUGCGCCAUCAUGAUCAGCACGUACGAAGUAGGCAAGCGAGUGUUCAAGGGGGUGAACGAGCGGGCAGCAGGGAACAAAGAGAAGACACCAUAAAGUACACGGGCCUUGGUGAGGCUACCAGUGUCAUUUGCAUCAACUUGGGCGUUUUGGGCGGAAAGGGUUGGAGACCACUCCUUUUACUCCUUUUGAUUCUUUUACAUGAGCGAUAGACGAGCACGUGUACGAUACAUGUAUCUGACAGAAACGAUAGACGUAGCUUAAUUAUGCGCAGAAGCCAUGCGGCUUCGCAGAAUCAAGUAAUUCAACCAUGCCAAUGCAGCGCCAAACCAGUUCC